GUCCAGCGGAACGGAUGCACCUGGCAGGCUUACAGGGAAGACAAAUACUUCCUUCCCAACGACGCCGUAGAGCAGGAGCGACUCGACCUCCAGCACGAGUCUUUCAAUUUACUGUGUGACCGCAAACUGUCCUUCGCGCCCUUCCGUCGCGAUCAGCCUUUCACCGUCCUGGAUGUAGGCACGGGAACGGGGAUCUGGGCCAUCGAGUUCGCGAAACAGUAUCCGCAUGCCAAGGUAAUUGGCACGGAUCUGUCGAUUAUUCAGCCGUUAGAAGCUGCCCCUGCGAAUUGCCAUUUUGUACGAGAGGAUGUCGAGGAUGAGUGGACGUUGGAUGAAUUAUUUGAUUUCAUCCACUUGCGGCUGGUAUUCACGUCCUUUUCCGUACCUCUGGAGGCGACAACAAAGCUGUUCGACAACUUGCGACCGGGGGGCUGGGUCGAGUAUCAUGAUACCGUCUUCGAGAUCGAGUCUAUUGAUGGUUCAUCUCGAGGGAUCGCGCUAGAGAAGUGGUGUAAGCUUCUCAAUGACGCGGCGACCGGCGUGGGACGGGACUGGGGUGUCGCGAGGAAGUGCAAGAACUGGUUGAUCGAGGCUGGCUUUGUGGACGUCGUGGAGAAGCAGUUCUGUUGCCCAAUCAACCCUUGGCCUGUCGACAGGAAGCAGAAGCGGAUUGGCCAAUUCACUCAUACGAGUCCAAAUCAUUUGGUGGAGGCGGUUUCUCUGAAGGUCCUCCAACAGGGAUUGCACAUGGACCUGGAUACCGUGAGGGACCUGUGGUUCAGGUAA